AUUUUGUAAUAAAAUAAUAACAGUUUUGUGCCACACAAACUGCGGGUAAUAAUCACUUGAAUCAAAACGAUGAAUAGCUGAGAGAUCUCAUUUCACCUUUCCAAUUUCCCAUCAAUAAACAAAUCUCCGGAUUAAUUAAGCAUUAAUCCCAGGGUUUUGCUCGCGAUCCGUGUCUUAGGAUUUUUUGAAAAUGGUGCCCAAAGGGAGAUUACCCGUUCGGGGUCCUUCGCGGAGAUCUUCAUCAUCAACGCUCAUCUUUUCAAUACUAAUUAUCUGUUUGUUCUUCGUAUUAAUCCUUCUCGCUCUUGGAAUUCUAUCGAUUCCAAGAACAUCAAACACUUUCCCGGGUGCUCAUGAUCUCAGCUCCAUCGUUCAACGGACUACCGAAUCUGUCAGAAGCGACCGCAGCUAUAGCGAUCGUUGGACUGAAGUGAUAUCAUGGGAGCCUAGAGCUGUCAUCUAUCAUAAUUUCCUGCUCUCUAAGUCAGAAGAUGAGUGUGAACAUCUGAUUACACUUGCUAAACCUCAUAUGGAAAAGUCAACUGUGGUCGAUAGUGUGACUGGUAAAAACAAAGAUAGUAGAGUCCGUACAAGUUCCGGGACAUUUCUAGCGAGAGGACAAGAUAAAACAGUUGAAUCCAUUGAGAAAAGGAUUGCAGACUUCACCUUCUUACCUGUAGAUCAUGGUGAAGGAUUCCAAGUUCUCCACUAUGAAGUAGGUCAAAAAUAUGAACCACAUUAUGAUUACUUUCGUGAUGAAUAUAACACAAAGAAUGGGGGUCAAAGGAUGGCUACAGUUCUCAUGUACCUAUCAGAUGUUGAAGAAGGAGGCGAAACAGUGUUCCCAGAAGCAAAGGGAAACAUUAGUGCUGUACCUUGGUGGAAUGAACUAUCUGAUUGUGCGAAAAAAGGGUUAUCUGUUAAACCAAAAAAGGGGGAUGCUUUACUUUUCUGGAGUAUGACACCAGAUGCCACAGUAGAUCCUUCAAGUUUGCAUGGUGGUUGCCCCGUUAUUAAGGGGAACAAAUGGUCCUCUACAAAAUGGAUCCGGGUCAACCCGUAUUACACUUGAUUUUGGUUCGAAAGUUACUCACUUUGUUAAAGCUCGCCAAUUUUGAUGCUCACCCUGUAUACAUGUUUUGAGGCAUAUAAGUUUAUUUAAAUGAUUCAGUGGACAUGUAAAUGUGUGGACCAAAACCCUCUUUUCUUUUUACAUAUCUUGAUUCAAUUCUAC